AUGGUUGUUGCGGAAUGUUCUGUUGAUGCCAAAUUUAGAGCUGCUCAAGAAUCUAAGAGAUCUCGGAUGAUAUCCCUAAAUAAGUUAGCUAACUCUGUAUCUGGUACGGUUUCUUCACAAGUUUUGAUUACUGAAUUUGUCUCGGACUCGGAACUAGAGGAUUCUAGUUUAAGAAACCGUGUUUUAAAAGGUAACUCGCCAAGGAAGAAUGCUGGUGUUACACCACAGCUAGUUAUUAAUUCCAGUAGACAAGUUAUUACUAUUGCAAUGGAGGGUGUGUUGGUGUCCUUUGUUCAUGCUAGUUGUUUUCCGGUUACGAGAAGAGGGUUAUGGCAACAACUCUCUUCAUCUGAUAAUAAUACUCCGUGGCUUGUCAUGGGGGAUUUUAAUUGUGUUUUGCGUAAUGAAGAAAAAGAGGGAGGCCGUCAACCGACAACUUCAGUCAUAAAUGAUUUUUGUGAUUGGAUGGAUGAUAGUGAUCUCUUUGAGGCAGAUUUUUUUGGUUCUAAAUAUACUUGGGCUAAUGGGAAAUCAGGUGUGCGUAGAAUCCUUUGUAAGCUGGAUAAAGCGGUAAUUAAUGAGGCGUGGCUUUCUAAAUUUGAGAAUUGGCGUUGUAAAGCUCUUCCCCGUGAAGUUUCUGACCAUUCUCCUCUUAUUGGCUAUCCGGUUGUUAAUGCUAGACCUAAGCGAGUUCCUUUUAGAGUCCAGAAGAUGUGGUUCACACAUUCAGAUUUCUUGCGUAUGGUUAUGGAGAGUUGGAAUGCUCCUGUUUCUGGGUCUCCUGCUUAUAUUUUUCCCUACAAUCUCAAGAGGCUGAAGAUUGCAAUGAAGGAGUGGAAUUUAAGGGUGUUUGGUAAUGUUUAUGCUAGGAUCAAACAUGCUAAAUUAACAAUGGAAGUAGCUCUUCGUAUUUCUGAUGAAGACUCGGAGGAUAUUUCCAAGCUGAAUUCUGCCAAGGAAGAUUUGACUACUCUUCAGGAGAUUCGAACUCAACAAGCUAUUAUGUUGAAAUAA